UCGUUUGCGAAUUAUUGAAGUUUGAAUGUCAGAAUGUCUGUCUAGAAAUGAUCUAAUCUCAAACCAAGUUGACCACAUUCCAGAACCUACUUUGGGCACAUCCAAAUCUUAAGAAAUGCUACAGCAUCAUCUCGACAAAAGUUUAGGUCAGAAAUCCGGUGACUUUUCUGUGUGCUGUCACAAACCACUCCGAUGGCAGCUUCUACAUUUUAAAAUGUGUACACAUACACAUGUUCACACAAUUCAUAGCCAAAAGCUAUUGCUUUAAUAGCAGGCUGGCUUUAAUCAUUUCAUGUUUUUCCACGCGUUAUACAUUUUCAAACAUUCGUCGACAUAGACCGUCUGGUCCCGUUAGCCAACUUGCUUUGGUGUAUUCCAGACUUGCCAUAUUCAGUAUGGGGGACUGGAGCGCUUUGGGAAAACUUCUGGACAAGGUGCAGGCAUACUCUACGGCGGGGGGAAAGUUGUGGCUCUCGGUCCUCUUCAUCUUCCGUAUCCUUGUCCUGGGUACAGCAGUUGAGUCUGCUUGGGGGGACGAGCAGUCAGCAUUUAAGUGCAAUACCCAGCAGCCCGGUUGUGAGAAUGUGUGUUACGACAAAUCAUUCCCCAUUUCCCACGUACGCUUCUGGGUACUUCAGAUUAUCUUUGUGUCCACGCCCACCCUCCUCUACCUGUGCCACAUUUUCUACCUGAUGCACAAGGAGGAGAAGCUCAUCCACAAAGAGCAGAGGCUGAGAGACAUUCAGAGCAAAGGGGGGGACGUGGAUGUUCCACUCAGGAAGAUAGAGCUGAAGAAGGUCAAAUAUGGCCUGGAGGAGCAUGGGAAAAUCAAAAUGAAGGGAGCCCUUCUGCAGACCUACAUUGGGAGCAUUUUGUUUAAGUCCAUCUUCGAGGUGGGCUUCUUGGUGAUCCAGUGGUACGUAUAUGGCUUCAGCCUGGCUGCCGUUUACGAAUGUGAGCGCUUCCCUUGCCCCCACAAGAUUGACUGUUUCCUCUCUCGCCCAACAGAGAAGACGGUCUUCAUAAUUUUCAUGUUGGUAGUAUCCCUGGUUUCUCUGGGAUUGAAUGUGAUUGAGUUGCUCUAUAUAUUUUUCAAGAGGAUAAAAGAUGGAAUCAAGAACCCAGAUAAUGAUUUCCACAAUAGUAUGCUCAGUCCCAGUACUAAAGAAAUGUUGUAUGUUUAUUACAAUGGUUGCCAAGCUCCCACUAUGUCAAACUUGGGCUACAACCUGGAUACGGCAGAAAAGACCAACUCCUGCUACAACUACAACAAGCAGGCCCAGGAGCAGAACUGGACCAAUUAUAAAACAGAACAGAACCAGUUAGACCAAAGAGGUACAAACAACUCCAACUGCCACACCCAAGGAUUUGACUACCCAGGAAAAAUGACUAUGGGAAAGGAGCUCCACCUCUUAAAACAGAUUGAGGUUCGCCCUAGCAGUCGGACUAGCAGCCGGGCAAGGCCGGACGAUCUGGACAUCUGACCAGACACCAAUUUCUGCUGGUUUGAGUCACCAGUAGUAAAGAAAGUAGGAGUUUGGUCCCUAUAGUCAAAUUAAUCACACAUUCCAUGUACAGUAUACUGUUCAUAAGACACUGAGGUGUGAAGUACUUACAUCAUUCUUGGUACAUUCCAUUUUUGAUAAUGACAGUGUUGAAAAGCUUUAUUUUUCAAACAAGAGGAUUGUAAAGUAAUACCCAAGAAAAUACUUCCUAUUUCCUAACAUUUCACCAUUAAUUUGCAUAAUAUUGAUUUGCUCUACUCAAAUAAUUGUUUUUGUUUUGAAGAAUGUCAUGCCAAAAUAAUUUUAGGGUCUAAUGAAUUAGUGAAUAUGUAUUUAUUUGAAGUUAUGAACAUUUGGUAGAAAGUAUCCCAUUUGUAUUGUACUAUGAUAUCCUGAUAGACUUUGAAUUGAUGCUGUGAUAGCACUCAUAUGUGUCACUUGUCUCCUUGCAAGUUGUCUAAUGUCUUAUUAUAUCUGCAGUGUAAAGAAUAUAUGCAGUGUAAAGAAUAUCUGCAGUGUAAAGAAGCAGUUUGAUUUAUCAUCUGCCAGGAAUAAACAUGAAUCUAUCAUGUAGCUGUAGUGUCAGAAAAAUAUGACAAAAGUUUACAUUACAGAAAGUGUGAAUCUAAGAAUCUAAUGUGUUGGCCAAGUUAAGCAGAAUUCCACAAAAUGAAUAGGGCUCUGUAACUCUCAAUCUGAGUCUCUACACGUUUGUUCCUUCCAAGCUCUGUCUCCCUAUGCCAAAUAAGAGCAAAGUUAGAGCAUCUUCAACCUAAAACCCACAGCUGCCUGUCUGGUGUUUACUUUAGCUUCAGUCCAGUAAGACAGAGUUGACCUAAUGUCAUAUGCAACAUUAGUUACAAAUGUAAUGCCUGUUGAUGUGAAUGAACAUUUGAAAAGGCUUAAGAGACUGAAAACUAAAUGAAGUGAAAUGAUCCAGCAAUUUCUCCACCCUCAAAGUUUCCUAUUUAUUCACAAAGCUAAAUAAAAACAUGUGUCUGGGCAAAGCUCCACUCACCACAUGUGGCAGGGGUGGAGAAAGGUAAAAAUGGCCUCGAGAGGCAAAGUCAUACUGUCUAAAAAGUACCCAGUAACACAUACCAUGAGAUGGGAUAACGUUUACACAUUACAUAAUGAAUUUAUGUAACAUAAAAAACAUUGCUCGUAUAACUCAGAACAAAAUGUUUGAAAUACACAGGAUAUUUGCAAUAAAACAUGAUUGCAAAAACCCUAAUAAUGUCUGGGUAGAUAAGCCUUCUUUCAUUGUUUUCUAAAUACAGGUUUACAUUUCAAUCAACUGUCUGUGUUUUAUACUGAAAUAUGUUUAAAAUAAAUCUGUUUUACUCUGA